AUGAUAACCGCACUUUAUUUGCCUUCCACAUUGGCGAUCAAACCUUGUCAACCACUAAGCAAGUUCGUGUCUUUAAUCCUGACAAUUCAGUCAGGAAGGACCAAAAUUCAACAACAUAACACUAGUACUGGAGGCAACAAGUUGAAAAGGCGUCCAUCCUCUUCCUCUUCCAAGUACGGUAGUAAGCAAGUGCCUGUAGAGAGCAACAUUUGCAUCCAUCUUUCUCUAGACCUUCAAAGGAUAAUUUCUCGUUAUCUACUUUCUCAAGAAGCAUACAUGAAUUUCCGCUUGGUGUGUAAAUUAUGGAGAUCCAUUGCCCCUCCAUUACGUUGGAAAGUGGUUGAUCAUGCGGCUCCUUGUUAUGAUCAAGACUCCAUGUGGCUUCUAUCUCUAAAUCAAAAGGAUGGUUUGUGCACCUUCUAUAAUCCCUUUAGAAAUUUGAAAUGUUAUAUGAGCAACAACGAUUUAGUAGGGUGUGAAAUUCGGUAUGCAAAAGAUGGAUGGCUUCUUGUGUCUAGGGGAAAGUCUCUCUUCUUACUUAAGCCUUCGCCUUCUGGGAAGCAAAUAAUCUAUCUCCCACAAAGAACAGACGACUAUUUCUGUGACUCUAUGUCAUUCUCAACUAAUUCUUCUGCCUGGGUAAUCUUUGGUAUAGCUUUCUUAAACUUGUUUCAAGUUAGGAUUUCAUAUUUGAGACAAGGCAGGGAUGAUGAAUGGACUAGUAUCACAAAGGACAAUGAUGUGCCUUUCCUAUUUUCAUCUUCUAGUCCGGUCUACUUUGGUGAAGAAUUUUGUGUCAUAGGCCAACACGGUGAUGUUGGUGUAUUUGGCUUCUUUAAAGACGGAACCCCUUACUGGGUUAUCCAUCAACUUUUUGAACUAUAUUCACCUCCUAUUUCUGGUGAUUACCGUUUGUUUUUAGUUCAACGUCAGGAUCAAAAUGUGCUACAUUCCGUAGUUGUCACACCACAACAUGAUGUUCAUGUUUAUGAACUACACUUUGGAGGGAACCUAAUAGUCACAUUAGUAAAACAAGUCGAAAAUUGGCUUUUUUUCACUAGCGAAGCCUCAUCUGUUGCUGUUUGUGGCAUGAACGUAAAUGUGGAUAAUGCAGUUUUCUUACCCACUUUCAACACUUGCAACGACUAUACCUACUACUCAUUGGAAGAUGCCGCUUUCAAAGUAUUGAAAGACAAUUGUACGAAUAAAACGCAAGAAAAAGAACUUUUAAAUCGUGUUUGGAUCCAUUGUGAACUGACAACGAAUUGA